AUGCUUCCAUGGGCCACCCAACUUACGCCUACGUCCGCCCUGUCAAACCCGGCUCCGAUAAUUCAAAGCUGGCCUUGCUCAAGGAAUUUGAAUCAAAUGGGGGUCACCAUUUUCCAAGGAGAAUUGGAUGAUCAUGAGAUGCUUGUUUCAGUGCUUAAACAAGUAGAUGUUGUGAUUUCUACACUGGCUGUUCCUCAAUACCUUGAACAACUCCACAUAAUAAGUGCCAUUAAAGAGGCUGGCAAUAUCAAGAGAUUUGUGCCGUCGGAAUUUGGGAACGAAGUGGAUCGGGUUCGGGCCUUACCACCUUUCCAAGCUAAUUUGGACAAGAAGAUGAAAGUGAGAAGGGACACAGAAGCAGCUGGGAUACCCUUCACUUUUGUGUCUGCAAACUCACUUGCUGCCUAUUUCGUGGACUUUUUGCUUCACCCACACGACAAGGUUGGUGAGGUUACUCUAUAUGGAAGUGGUGAAGCCAAAGCGGUGCUGAAUUACGAGAAGGACGUAGCAGUCUACACUGUGAAAGCUGCUACGGAUGCAAGGGUAGCCAACCGGGUCAUUAUCUAUAGGCCCCACAAAAACAUAGUCACCCAAUUGGAGUUGGUUUCUUCCUGGGAGAAAAAGACUGGUCGUACUCUCAAGAGGACUCACAUUCCUGAGGAAGAAAUCAUCAAGCACACAGAGAGUAUCAAUCUGCAUGUAACAUCUUUCCUGCAGUUGACGGAGAAGGAGGGAGAAGCUAGAUACAACUGA